AAAAACCCUUAACUAUCUCUCUUUGAACACCCGCCGCCAACAAGCUUCUCCUGUUCCUGCAGUCUCUGACCCAAGCCCUCUCCUGCCUUCAAGUUCCCACGGAGAAGGAAACUGAAUAAGCUUAAUUUGAACCUAAAACAGAGCAUGGGAUUGGAAUUGCCGAAAUACCCGGAGAUGGAGGAAGAUCAAGUUUUCAAUUUCACUGAUUCAGAAAUAGUUUCUCAUGUCAAGCAAGCUCUCGCCUCCGUCCUAUCCGGUGAUAACAACAGCUAUAAUCAGCUUGUUGGGGUCAUGCACCAUUCCAAACAUCUUGCCCCUGAUGAGGUCGCCUUACUCGAGACUACUUUGAAGGCACUAGCUGGGGCAGUAUCUUCUAUAGAUAUUACUCAUCAUGACUCCCUCCUUUCUGCUAUUUAUUGUAUGAGCAUGUGGAACUACGGGCCUCAUGUGGCAGAUGCAUUAGCUGAACUUAUUGUGUCCCUUGCUAUUUCAAAUGGAAAAUAUCUUGAUUUGUGUCUGGGUAUGCUUGUGAGCAAUUUCACUCCACCACCUUAUUUCUUGGAUAAACUAAAAAUGCCACAUGGUCUUGAGAGGAAGGGACAAGUUCUUUCUCGGGUGCAUGCAGCUUUCAAAAAGAUAGCUGAUUAUGUCCCUCUUGCCCCCUUGAGAUUAUUGACCAUAGUUCUCCAAGGAAUGCCAACAAUUUAUCAUAAGGACCGAGCAAUAGUAAUUUAUGUGGAGAACAUGUUAAAAUUAGAGAGUGGUGAAAUUGGAGAACUUGUUGGAAGCACAAUACUUAUGGCUGUGGUGGACCGGCUGAUAGAACUAGAUGUGGAGAUUGGAUGGGAUGCCAUUUUACAAGAUGACUUUAGUAAAGGCAUAUUUGAGAUGGAGCUAGAAGAUGUGGAUGACAUUGAGGAAAGUGCUGAGCCAGAUGUUGGAGAGUUCCGAUUAAGCCGUAAGAGUCUAGCUGGAAACAGCAUCGCUGAACUGCUAGAUAACCUACUGGUUUUAACCUUUGAACAUCUUGAAUCUUGUGAAAGGGAGGGCCGCUUAGCUAAGGUAUUUGAAACACUUCUCCAGUCAUUUCGGGUAACAGUUCUAAGUGCCUACAAGUCAAAAUUUGCUCAGUUUGUUAUGUUCUAUGCUUGUGCAUUAGAUCCUGAAAACUGUGGUAUGAGAUUUGCCACAGUGCUGGCAGAUCUAUUUGUUCAAGACUCACAGCCCCAACCAACCAGGAUGAGUGCUGUAUCUUAUCUUGCUAGCUACUUAUCUCGAGCGAAGUUUCUGGCUGCCUCUUCUAUUUCUAGCAUGUUAAAAAGGUUGGUGGAUUGGUGCCUGGAAUACUGCGAAGCCCAUGAUGGUGAUAUAAAUCCAAAUGCACAUCGAGUUUUCUAUUCUGGAUGCCAGGCUAUUAUGUAUGUCCUCUGCUUUCGAAUGAAAGUUUUCGUGGAUGUUCCACGCUUGAAGUCAGAACUUCUCAUACCAUUGGAACAAGUCCUAAAGCACAAAUUGAAUCCUUUGAAGGUAUGCCUUCCAUCUGUUGUGGAAGAGUUUCUGCGACAGGCAAAAGCAGCUUCUCUAUUCACUGUGUGUAAAACGUUCAUUUUUGAUGGGCUGCUAGAGUCAGAACUUUCAAGGGCAUUUGGUGGCCUGGAAAGGCUCGACACAUUCUUUCCUUUCGACCCUUGUUUGCUGAAAAAAUGUGACAGUUUUAUCCGUCCGAUGUUUGUCUUCUGGUCAAUGGUAAAACCAACAUACGAUGAUGCUUUUGAUGAUGAUGAUGAUGAUGAUGGCAGCAGUGAUGAUGAUUUGGUUCAGGAUUUUGUAAAUGAAAAUGAGGAUAUUAUGAAUGAUGAGUUCGGAAAGAGCUUUGAUGAGCAAGGUGUUGAUAUGGAUGAAUUUGAUUAUGCAUUGAAGAAAAUGUCGAUAACACCCAAGGCUACUUCUAAUUACAAGUUUGGUGGUCGAUUUCAAGAACCGGCAAGAAUGCCUUCUAGAAUUAGGCCCUCUACAAGCCCAGAGUCCUUAUGAUUCAAGGGGGAUGGGAUGGAUAAAUGUUUGUAUCUACUAAUGUAUCACGUAAAAUUACUGCAGAAGAAACAAGUGCAAAAUUGAUCCAAGGGAGAUUGCUAUUUAUGGUCCGGAAAAGGGAAUGUUUAAGAUUAGCUAGCUGAUCUCUCAUCCAAAACCUGGAGCGGAGUGCAGAGCAAAGAAUGUUGGAUAUAUGAAGUUUUUGAAGGUAUUGUCAGCUUCUUGUUUAUUCAGAGUAUUACUAUGAUUGUAAAAAUUCAAUCAACAGAUAGCUUAGAUUUCUUUCUUUUGCCGCUUUGAAAUUGUUCUCUCUAAUAUUUCUUAUACCAGCUCCUUACUACCCGAUGAAAAUGUCUUUUUUGCGGCCCACAAUUGGGUGUGAGAAUCUGCUAAAUGUAUUGCUUAUCUGUUAGGCUUGGCCCAAAUUAAAAUGAUGUUUACAAUGUAAAAGAGGGAAUGAUGUAUGCUGAUCUACUGCUACCCACUGGUUUAAUAACAGUCAUUUCAUCA